CCCCAAAACACUUUUCCCUUGUAUUUGUUGUGUUGUCGUCAAAGAUUCACAGGGGAUCACAAAGGUCUUCCUAAUCUUAACGGUUAUAAGAACAUUUAAAAAAUAUAGGCCUUUAUCUCAGUAUAUCAUUAAAUUCUGUAAAGAAAACUAAAUCAAAUUGUUAAAGAUUAUGUAAAAUGAGCGAUCACUCAUUUUACACAAACUUCCUGCUGUUAUUGUGUUCACUGUUUGGGUUCAUUGUCAGUUGUUCUCUACUGUUGGUAUGCACUGAAUAAAAUGGAAAUGUCCAUAAAAUAUGUUGCCGAGUUAGGGGUAAUCAGUGAACUAAAUAAAAGGGUCCCUUAAGGAUAGGCUUGGGAACCACUGCUUUAGCCUGAAAUAUAUUAGCCCUACACACUCAAGCAUCUCCAGGAAGUGGAUUCUACUUCCUGUUGUUUUGGUUGUCUUGGUCCCAGCGUGCCUCACUGACAGGCCAAAGAAAAGAUUAAAAGAAAACAGAAAAUAGGCAGGAGAGUAGUGGAACUAAACACACCUCCUUUAUAACAUGCACUGACCAGGCAUAUGAGCUAAAAGACAUUUCACACACACAGACACACACACACUCACACACACACACAUACAUUUACUAUCAUUGUUUGUGAAUCACAGGAGAAGAUUAGCAGCAUGUCAGCCUGAAACCAUUGCAUUGUUGAAAAAGUUAAUGUCUCAAGCCUGUUGCUGCUGUCCCACCAGGCAGCAUGAGUGUGUAGACAGAGUGUGUGUGUGUGUGUGCAGUGAUGACCUGAAUCACCACUUUUCACACCUGGAAAAAAAAGAACAAACUAAAGGGAGCAAGGGCGAUAGAAAUAGUUGGUACAAGGACAAAAACAGGAGAUGAUACAAAAGGCUGAUAAAAAGAAGGAAGAUGAGGCCAGUGCAGAAUCAGAGUUUAUCAGCCCUGGAUCCAGAAGUUGAAAUGAACUGGGAGCAUGACUGGGAGCAUGGAGCCGAGCAGCCGGCACAGUGGCACCAGUGGGACUGGGCCUCAGAGCAGAUUCCUGCUGUAUUGAGUCCCACCUACAAGCAGCGGAAUGAGGACUUCAGGAAGCUUUUCAAGCAGCUGCCUGACACUGAGCGCCUCAUUGUGGACUAUUCCUGUGCCCUGCAGCGGGACAUCCUCCUGCAGGGACGCCUCUACCUCUCAGAGAACUGGAUUUGUUUCUACAGUAACAUAUUCCGAUGGGAAACCCUGCUGAUGGUUCGAUUGAAGGACAUCUGCUCCAUGACCAAGGAAAAGACAGCCCGCCUCAUUCCCAACGCAAUCCAGCUGUGCACUGACAAUGAGAAGCACUUUUUGACCUCAUUUGGGGCGAGGGACCGGACGUACAUGAUGAUGUUCAGACUGUGGCAGAAUGCUCUCCUGGAGAAGCCUUUAUGUCCGAAAGAGCUGUGGCACUUUGUCCACCAGUGUUACGGUAACGAACUUGGCCUGACCAGUGAUGAUGAGGACUAUGUCCCUCCUGAUGAGGACUUCAACACCAUGGGGUACUGUGAAGAACUGCCCGUCGAGGAAAACAACGAGCACAACGACACCAGCAACACCGCCAAGAACACUGAAGCCAAGCCAGAUGUCAGCCCCCUCCUGCCCCACAAAGUCUUCCCUAACAACGCCACGCUGGAGCUACCCAGCGCCGAUUCUUCAGUCCCUCAGUAUGACCUGCCCCCUGUUGAGGAUGUACCCAGCCCUCUCCCUGAUGCAGACCUCCUGACCCUCCCCAUGCCUGAGAACCGCAGCAGCCAGCCCAGCAGCCACGCCCCUUCACCGUCACUGGACCUCAACGACAACGAGGACCUGCCCACCGAGCUCAGCGACUCAUCCGAGACGCACAACGAAGGCGAGGUGCAGGCCUUCCACGAGGACCUGAGUGGCAGGCAAUACAUCAACGGGGUGUACAAGUUUGGUGUGGACAAGAUGUAUGACUUACUAUUCACUGAGUCUAAGUUCAUGAGAGACUUCCGGGCGCAGAGGAGGUUCUCAGAUGUGGUGUAUCACCCAUGGAGGAAAGAGCAGGAUGGUAACCAGACAAGAGAGAUCAUGUACACCAUUGCCCUGAAUAAUCCUCUCGCUCCCAAGACAGCUACAGUCACUGAGACACAGACUCUAUACAGGGCGAGCCAGGAGAAUGAGUGCUACAUUAUUGACGCAGAGGUUAUCGCCCAUGAUGUGCCCUACCACGACUACUUCUACACUCUCAACCGCUACAUGCUCACCAGAGCGGCCAAGAACAAGUGUCGUCUUAGGGUGUCAACAGAGCUUCGUUACAGGAAGCAGCCGUGGGGGCUUGUGAAGGGCUUCAUUGAGAGGAACUUCUGGAGUGGCCUGGAUGAGUACUUCAGACACUUAGAGCUGGAGCUGAAUAAGUUGGAUGUGGUGUCAGUGGAACCUCACAGACAGUCACCAAAGACCAAAGCUCUGAGGACAGGCACCAGCCGGAGGAGGAAACAGACACUGAGAACGCCGGGGAACAUGGACGAGUGCUUGAGCCCCGUCACCACGCCUGAGGAUGAGGAGGACAUCGGGUGUAUCAAAUUUGUGGCAGGUUCCACACAGACCAGACAUGUACCCGAUGCUCCAGGAGGCCUUGCACUUUACAACUUCUCCAAACUGCUGCUUCUUAUCAGCCUUGUCCUGAUAUUGCUGGUGGUUCUCAACGUAAUGUUGUUCUACAAGCUGUGGAUGCUGGAAUACACCACACAGAGUCUGACUGCAUCGCAUGGACUGAAACCACAAGAGGGAACUCCUCAGACCCAGCUGGAAUGGGUACAGCUCAUGGAUUCCCAGCAGCGUUACCAUGACGACGAGCUCCAGAAGUGGAAAGAGAUAAUCAAGUCAUCAGUGCUGCUGCUUGAUAAGCUAAGAGAGUCCCUUCUCAACCUUCAUAAAAGCAUUGGUGUCAGGGACCACAAUGAGUCAGAAAAAAGAAGAAAUCAGUAUCACUGAUCAGAGUCAGAGCUUUUCAGAAAAAGAACCCUGAACCUCAAGUGACCUCCCCAAACUGCAGUAGGUGAGAGAGUGCACUACCACACCACAGUGUGUCCUGCAGAGACUACAUCAUUUGCAGGACUUGUCUGUAGCUUUACGUCUGUCUCGUUCAUCCACAUUCCUCCUCUCCAAAGCCCAACGACCCAAAGCAUGAUGCUUCUUCUAGCUUCUGAUAUUUUUCCAAGUGAAAAUCCAUAUUGAAAUUAUAUGCACAUUCACUUUCAGAGGUGCAAAAAUACACAUAUUUUCUUUCCCUUCAAGGAGCUCCAUCAGCUGCUGUAGUACUUUGUUUUUUUACCUUUAGAACUAGGAAACAGACAGACACUUUAAUAAAUCCACAGUUUGCAGUAUUUCAAGUUCAUCAAGUUUGCCCAGCAGAAAUAUGAGGAAUUAAACUGUAACAGCAUACGUUUUGUGUGUGUGUGUGUGUGUGUGUGUGUGUGUGUGUGUGUGUGUGUGUGUGUGUGUGUCGGUGUGAGUGUUUUUCAGACGUAUAUGGCAGUCAGGGCUAACUUUACCAGGCAUAUUUGGCAGAUCAGGGCUGGCUUCCCUGAGACCUUAUGCCAGACUUUUGUGAUUCUAUGUUGUAUGUUUAUGUUGUCUGCGACAUAAAAUGUUCUGAACUGUGGCUGCAGCGCUGCUCUGCAGGUUUGAUUUACUGUUAUGUUGAUAAGGAGGUUUUGAUUUGCAAGCAGAGAGAAUGUAUGGAAAGAAAACAAGAGUGCUCAUUCAAAGUGGAACGGCUCCAGGUUUUCUAAUGAGUUGCCAAGGGAAUAAAAAAAUGUUCUGUUCACAGCCAACCAUUAUGUCAUUCCAGUGUUUUAGUGAUUUACCCUGACACAUCGCACUGCUUAAUCACUGCCAAGGCUCUAAUGUCAAUAACGUUACCCUAUUUUGAAAUCCUUUUUAAGCCAUUUCUGUGCAUCAAUUCAUGUGUGACUGUCAUGUAUACAUACUGUGGGCCAACAGCUCAGCCAUGAAGUAGGCUCAAUGUCAGAUGCAGUGAAAUUAAAUAUGUGCUAGCUUUCUGCUCUGGUACUGUAGGAUCUUUAAAUCACUCAUGUUCUUUGGUUUGAUUUUACAAAAUUUUGUCAGAGCUGGUCUGCCAGAGAUAAUCUCACUGGUUUGAGCUGGAGCUCAGUGGGCAGAGACAGAGAGCCACAGUUCAUUAGAGUACAGGUUACAGUAGUUAAAAGGCAGCCUCAAAGAGAAAAACAAGUUGCUUAAAGUAAAAGAAAAGACACUGACUUCAUACUAAUGGUAUUCAUUAGCUGGCAUGGUCAACGACUAGCUCAGUGAGUCAGACAUGAUUCUGUCACUUUGUGGUGAAUAUACAUCUGGAGAUUAUAAGUAGUACGGUCUAGAUCUGAAAAGUGUCCUGAAAAAACUUUUGUUAUCAAUUUGCGCUAUACAAAUAAAAUUGAAUUGAAAUUGAAUUAAGACAACCAGUGUAAAUGUUGGUUACUCGAAGCUGCAGUAGGCAAUUUUUAUAAAAAUAUUUUUGUCAUAUUGGCUGAAACUUUCUCUAUAUACUAACAGUAGUACAUAAAACAGAUAAUCUGUGAAAAUUCAAAAUCAGGUUCCUCUGGCUCCUCCUAGUGCUCUUAAUGGAAUUUUCAUUGAAAUCCACUGGGCCUAAAUGAAAACAAUCAAUCAGAGCCAAGAAUGCUAGCUGAUUAUUAAGGUUCAUUCCCAGAGAGUCAAACAGAGACACUUUGGGAUCCUAGGAAUGAGUGUUUCCAGGGAGCAGGUUUAACAAACUCUGAAUCUAGGGUUAGGAGGGUUAGAUUCAGAGUUUGUUAAAUCAGAGUUGUUUGAUCAACUCUGAACAUGUAAAAUAAUAAACCCUCACAUCAAAAACAGCCAUGAACAAAGGAGCUCCAAUACUACAAUUCACCAUGGCAAUGACUAAAAGGGCAGAGCGUGAUGCACUGCCUUCCUAUCGGAGUGCACAGCUAGCUUAAUGCUGAGAAAACAGCACUGAAAAUGUCCUUGUUAAAAUGGAUAAAAAGCACCAAAAGAAUUUAGUUAAUAGUAUAUGGUUGGGGUUCUGUUGUGGGUAGGGGGGUCUGUUGAUCACAUACUUGACUGAACUGUUAAAGUCUUGCAAAAACCCUGUAAUGCCAUGUUUGCCUUUUUUUUCCCUUAUACUUUUCCAACUUAUUAAAAUAUUUUCUGAUGCGAGGACGAAAGCCAAACUAUUGAAAUGUGUGACAAAUGUUGAAAUUUUAAACAAAAUCAAGUGAAGUGCCACUGAAUCCUUUAAGACCUUUACCAUAUGAGUAUUUUGUGUCUGAAAUAUAGUGAAUGGCUGUUAAUCAAUGUUAUUUGCAUUUAUUUUAAUGGUGUUAUAGAGAAGAAACCAGCAACGUGAAAAGGCGUCACUGUUACUGUCUCCCAUAAGAUGUCGUUGGCUGGAGUACUGGGUAGACAGCACAAAUCAUUUUAAAUGAUGAACAAUCUUGGUUAUACAUUAGCUGUAACUAUAAUCUGAAACCACAUCUGCAUAAGAACACAAUUCUGAACACAAUCAGCCCUGUUAAAGGCCUGAUGAGCGGGACACCAACUGUGUUCAAAAUAAAUAAUGUGGGCGCCUGGUUAGCUCACCUGGUUGAGCUGGUGACCAUGUACCGAGUCCUUUCUGCAGCAGCCCAGGGUUUGAAUCUGACCUGUGGGCCUUUGCUGCAUGUCAUCUUCUCUCUCUACCACCCUUUCCUGUCUAUCUUCAGCUGUCGCUAUCAAUUAAAGGCAAUAAAUAAUAAAAAAUAAUAAUAAUAAUAAUAUGACAUUAAGUGCAAUGCAAAUUCAAUUUGACUAUUCCAAUCAUUAAAGUGAUCAGUGGAGAGAAAAUAGUGUAUAUAUUAUAUACACGUUUUAUAAGAUUUACUAAUGUAAAUAAGGCUUUGUGAAGUGGACAAAAUUUCACAUUUCUUUGCAGUGAUAGACACUGGUGUUGUGAGAACACUAGAGCAAGUACUCGGCUAAAACAAGUAUCUGGUACAGAUAAUGUAAUGAGUAAGAGUAUCAAAGUAAAAUGUGUCAAUAUCCAUAUUAAUAAGUAUGGGAACUGAGAAACAAAAAACUGUAAAUAGUUAUAUUACUCUUGCAAUCCAAAACAUUGCUCUGAAGCUCAAUUCUGAUAAACCCAUAUCAAUUUCAGGCUUAAACCUAGUCCAGACCACAGCCGGUUUAAUGGUAAAUGGUAAAUGGACCUGUACUUGUAUAGCGCCUUUCUAGUCUUCUGACCACUCAAAGCGCUUUUACACUACAAGCCACAUUCACCCUUUCACACACAUUUACUCAGUGAUGGCAAAGCCCAUCGAACAGAAACUAGCACAUUCAUGCACAUACACAUACCGAUGCAUGGCAUCAGAAACAAUUUGGAGUUCAGUAUCUUGCUCAAGCAUGCUUUGACGUGUGGCACCAGGAGCUGGGGAUUGAACUAACAACCUUCCAAUUAGGGGAUGACCUGUUCUGCCUCUGCACCACGGCCGCCCGCUUUAAGGACCACUCAUGUCAGAUUUAAGCGCCACCAUUCUGAGUACAGAUACAAAUCUGGAUAAUUUAGUUAGUUGAACAACAGAUAAUAGUGUUCUUGCUGAUCCUUAGAAAACACAUUUGUGCAUUUGACUGUCAAUACUGUGGAUGUUUUAAGAGAACUUCACUUCAAGAGUAGCUGUAAUAUUAAUUAGCCAGUGGAAGCAGUGAUUGGUGGAAGCAAGAGUAGAUCUUUUCAGUCCUUGCAGUAGUGCAAAAGAAUAUGUGGGUUUAAGUGUGUGGGUACAUAAAUUGAGACCAUUAAAUGUACAACACCAAUUCACUGCCAUUGCCAUUUUCUUCCACGUCCACAAAACCUAAUUUACAUUAUUAUCAUAUAAAGCAGAUGUAAAUUACAUAAAUUAAUUAUUUGCGUAUUCUCCAUAGUUUUCUAGGUCAUUGUUAAAACAAUUCAAAAACAGAUGUUGAGAUAAUGUAAUUUUAUUUUAAAUCCUAACUGUCAGUGGAAUCUCCAGUAUAAUACCACUGAAGCCACGUGGCUCCUCUACUGUAUAUGAAAUGCAUGGCUAUCCUGUUAAUGCUAGAGAUCAAUCAAACAUCAUGCAUCCAUAUUAAAAAUAAUAAUUUAUUUUAAAGUGUGAGUGUGAAAACACUGUACACAAGCCUAAAAAGUAGACUGAUAUUCAGUUUAAUGCAGUUUGAAGUUUCACAGUGUGGCUUAUAUGUGGUAGUAGGAAGUGACAAGUCUGUGUUUGGUCAAGUUUCCAUGACAAUCCCCAAAAUGUACCUUCAGCAUCAUCUCUCUCACACACACAAACAAACACCUGCAGUAUUUCUUUCAUCUGGCCUUCAUACAGCUCACUUCGUAGUGUACUGUUGUGUUGUAUACUCCUGUGUGUGCUUAGAAUACCUGACCUGUCUUUGGAAACCUUUUUUGAUCUGAAUAUAUGAAUCUAAACUAUACAGAUAUGAUAACAUUAUGUAUAUUGUUGUGUAGUUAUGGUGCAGAUUAUAGAGCUCAAACCACGCUGGCAGUGGAUUGAGGAAGAAAAAGGGAAACAUUGUACAGACAAAGGAAUGAAUAAAGGUUUUGAAAAAAAAUAUGUGACUUUUGACUGUGUCAUUUGUACACUUCUACAGAGAUAACAGAGGCUUAGUCACUAGUAGCUGGUAAGGUGCAACUGUAAAGCAGGUUCCUUUUCCGAUAUUGUUCUGAUAGUAUAAGUUGAAAAGUUACAAAAAAUGCAUUUCACA